GAUCGGCUGAGCAAACACAGAAUGCCUUUGUGUGUCGCCUUGGUACACAGGAAGGAGUUUUCCGAAACCCUCCCCACACACAGCUUUGCUCUGUGGUAUGACUGGCUAUAUUUGCUUCCUUCGACGAUUGCCCAACAACAUGGUAAAUGCUAUCUUAAUCACUAGGGCCACUUCAAGCUUUUGAUGUCCCUAUGACCAGAAGUCAGCGAGAUCAGAUCGUGGGAACAAACCGAGACAGGCACGGGUUACCUUCGAAGCUUCAGCACGGUAAAGGCAGGAGGCUUCAUUUCAGACUUCGGCAACUUCACACCAUCGAUUAACAACCAGUGUACCACAACUGGAAAAAAAAAACAUCGAUGAAGUCAAAGAAGUGGAUGUCUACUGAUGUCGAACUAACAGCUUUCGGACACACCUGCAUGAUUCAGUAUGAUUCCGGCAAGAAGGCCUGAACGACGUAUUGGCAACACAACUUUUAAUUAGACUAUUUAAAUUGCAACGAUCGAAUUGGAAGAGACUCCGCAUAACUGGUGAAUUUUGCGAGGCCAAUUGCAAAUUGUUACUAAGUGCUCAACAAAGUAAACAUGAUCAUUGAUUGAGACAUCAAAGAAGCCAACCAUAUAGUUUGCUUUUAUUGAGAAGUACCUUACCGGUGGGAGUUCCAGACAUCUUUUGUGUGUUCUCUUUGCAGACCUAAGAAUUCCACGCUCCCCCCCGAGGCGAGGAUUUUUGCUCUAUUUGUAUACUCUUUAAUACGCCACAUUCUGAAGACUUAACUUCUUGUUUGUAAACUUCAUGUAAACAGAUGCUUCACUGGCAACUUCUUGGCCGUUUGCUCUUUUUGCCAAUUAACUGGUGGUUUCAUCAACUUAGCCCAAGAACUCACAUUGUCGGAUCGUCUUAUUUUGAACUUCAUAAAGCAAUGCCCCCUCAAGGCAAUUAAUCGAGAAGGAACCUGCACCUCCGAAGUCAUAAACGGUGAAACUGAGCCUGUCUUAAGUUACGUGUGUACUGAAUUUCAAAGUGAACAAUUCAAGGAAACAACGACGGGCAGAAGUAAUCGACCACGUGAGGAGUGAUAUUCAAGUGGAAAAUUUUGUUGGUUAUACCAAGUUACGGUCAUCAAACUCCGGCAGGGGUAACUCGAUCAAGCAACCGUUUACCAAAUCUACAAGCGCCCGCGUGCUCCGACACACAUUUCUCCAUUCGCGACUGCAAGAAAAUCUUGUUUAUAUGUUGGACAGAAGAGAGUUGAUUUUUCUUUACUGGCCCUGUCAAUAGAACGCCUGUUUAGGAGAAAUUUGAGAGAUUUCUGCGCAGUCUGAUAUUCUGUUUACAGACAGGGACAUAGAUGUACAGUGUAUACGUAAAAAAAUGUACAGCUACUAGUGAAUGCAGCAGCGCACUUGGACAACCCCUUCGAAAGUUUUUCGUAAGUUUGAUCGCAGCUACACAAAAGAAACGCAAAACAAGAUGCAUUGCACGUAGGAUUCCCUCUACGUAUUGUGACUGUACAAAAAGGCAUAUAUGAUUUCGAAAGAAACAGGUCUGCCCUGAAAUUCUUUUCCAAAGAUGUCACGAGCUCGCGAUCGCCGAGGAGCGCUCGUCCGCACUCCAACAACCCAGAACCUCCUUGGGUCUUUCCCGUCGGGGCUUGCUCCAGGCACCGCCUACCACCGUGAAGUCACCUACCCAAACCUUCCGCUUACUCUGGAUGAGAUCUACGACCGAGCAGCUAAGUACACCGACAAACUCCUGGCCCGACCGGUGUUUUACCUGGACAAUGAGGACGGUGAUGAUGCCUCACCGGCGGCUCCGCCUGUACCACCGUCCGGCGCGGCUCAACGUGCCCGGCUGGGGCGACAACAGUCGUCUGAGAAGCGGAUGUCUCUGGCUACAUCCCCUUUUCCCGGUGCUUCUCAGGCUGAAGAAAGCAUCAAGAGGCCGGGUUAUGACCGCCGUCGAACGACAGGAUUACCUGGAAGUUCUUUGGACGGGGUGGCUCGGCGACUGUCUGGGCCAGGGUCUGAGAAGGGUUAUGUGCUGCCUGGCGUCCACGAGGGGCGUAGAAGCGGGAUGGGAAAUUCCAAUGUACCACCUUCGAUCGCUGAAGACGAGGCUGCAUCCAUUGCUGCCAGUGUGGUUGGCUCGCAGGAAGGAAGGAAACAAAAACUAGUCAUCUGGCCAGAAUGGAACGAUACGGACGUUAAUGCAGAAAAAUGGGACGCACCGCACAAAGGGAAAGAAAAGGAGAAAGGCAAAAGUCCGAGCAGCAUGCAACACUUUUUUGAUGACCCCGAGGGUCGCAUCGAGAUGCCGCCUUCUCUCAGGGCACGUGUUGACCACUUCCUGAGGCCGCAGGACUUCAUAACGGACAAGAUGCCAGUCAUUUAUGACCCAGACAAUGGGAUGGACUUUGAUUUGCUUAGUGCCAACUCGCACAUCAAUGACUGCGAGACAAUGCGUUGGAUCAUCAGCCAGAUUACAAGCCUAUGGCGUGUCUCCAUUGCCGACCGUAAUGAGCCGGAGACCUCCACCAUGUCAGUCGUUGGGGGCGUAGCCCGUAACUGGCGUCCCUGGGACCACAUUUUUGCCCUGUGUCGGGUGGGGAAGGGGCCUCAUCAACCCCAGUACAACCCCCACGGCAAGUACAUUGUCAGACUCUACUGGAUGGGUUGCUGGCGUAAGGUUACAAUUGAUGACACUAUCCCAUUUGAUGACAACGGCAAUAUGCUACUGCCAGCAACCACGCUACAGCAUGAGCUCUGGCCGAUGCUUCUCAGUAAAGCCCUCAUCAAAGUCAUCUCAUUAGAUUAUGCUGCUGGGAGUAGUAGCUGUGAGUUUGGUGAUGUGAGUGUGAUCCAUGCAUUGACAGGCUGGCUACCAGAGACCAUACCUCUUCAGAGGUUGUACCAAAAGAUGAAGCACGCUCUGCUGACUAAGGCAGAUAUGUUGGAAGAAUUGAUCCCUGCUGGAGGAACGUGUAACACGCUUGGCAGUGAUUGGAAAGUCCAGGAUUUUCAGAUGGUGUUUUGUCAGCCACGAGAACAGGAUUACAUUGGAGGGUACGGCCAUCUUGACAAAGUCUGGCUCCUGCUGAAGCAACUCCUACCUGAGUUCAAACUGCCGGAUCCCGAGGAGCAGAUGAAAGAGGCAGAUGCCGAAGGAGCAGGCAAAAAGGACUGCAAGUCAGAUGAGGUGUCCUCGACGACAAAAGAAUCUCGCAAAGAGGAUAAGCCAGGAAAAGAAGGCAAAAGUGAUAAAUCAGAGAAAGGAGGCAAAGAAAGUACCCACAAGGAGCACAAGGACGAUAAAAAGGACAAGAAAGACAAAGACAAGGAGAAAGACAAACGACCAAUUGACAAGGAAGGGCUGUUAGACAAGGACCAACCUACCCCCGUCAUACCUGAGACACCUCAGGUAGCUGUCUUUGUCAGCUACCAACAUCCUCCUAAAGUACCCAUCAGAAUAUCCGUGCUGGGAGAAAUGGCUGAUGCGUCUGAGCGUCUCAGGCAAGCCGGCUUGUCCCACGUCAACCCCCAUCCUUUACUCAUUACUCAAACCCGCUCAUGUCCCCUAGUGGCUCCCCCGCCACCUCCUAAGAUCCCUGCCUGGAAGAUGAUACGACCCAAGAAGAAGAAAGUGGCACCCACAGAUGAAGCAGCAGAGUUGGAAGUCAAGAAACCAGAGCAGUUUGUUCAGUUGACCUCACCAUAUGUCAACUACAGAGUCAGUCCGAUACCCAUCCCAACAGAUAUCAAACGUCCGAGGUCAUCCUUGUCCCGAGGUGGUUCUCGCACUGGUCGGGCUUCAUCCUGCAUGCUGGAGAUUCACGAGGUGGAUGAGAACGCCCCGGAGAAGUCAGAAGAAGAAGAGGCCAAGGCCGAGGAGGAACGCAAGGCUGCCCAGGAGCAGAAGAGACUGCAAGAGAUGAGCAUGAAGUCAGAGACCAGAGAAAGUCUCUUCUCUGAGAAACCACCUGAUGGCAUAUCACCAGUGCCCACCACCUGUACCUCUCCGAACAGUCGCCGUAAGACGUCAGCUGUCGUUAAACGUGUUGACAAUAAGAGCCCCAAAGUUGAAAACGACAAAGAGAAGGAGAAGAGUGUGAGCCCAACUCGGAAGAAGUCAGCCCGCAAGGUCAGCAAAGGUUCUGACAAGACUCCUGGCAAGGCAGAACCUAAGGUAGUUGUCAAGGAAACCAAGGUAGAAACCAAGGAGACCAAAGAGAAAGAAUCCUGUGAUAAAUCCGAGCUAGGUUCUUUGAAGCCGGGGGAUGAAAUGACCGAUACCGUAUCGGUGGUCACUGGGGCAGGGGAGGGACUUGGAUCGACAAUGGAGGGGGAGGCAGGAAGUGCUGAACUGCCCAAAGAGGAGGUCAAAGUUGAGAAGAUGGUGCCCAAGGAUAUCUGGAUGGACUUUGAAGAUUUCUGCAAGUGCUUCAAGACUUUGUACAUCUUCCACAAGCCUGCUACCUACUUGUGCAACCACCGAGUGUCAGACCUCAAGAAACUGGACAAAUAUCUCAAAAACAUACAGCUGUUUCUUCAAGUUCCCAAGGGUGUCCAGCCCGCCGGUAGCAAGAAGUCUGCUGCCCCUGGUGGGCCAAACCCUAGUGCCUCCAUGACGUCACAGACUCCGGCUAGGAUUCCCUUCAGUCCUUCGCCGCAGCAUCACGAGAAGGACAAGACUCCGUUGGAUGACAGAGCGCCACACUAUUUCUUUGUGGAUAACUUGGAGACCACCGAGAUCAUUGUGAGCUUCUCCGCCUUGUCUCGGUGGUUUGACCCUCCACUGGAGCCCCCAAAGACCUCCCACAGCUCCACCCGAGAGAAGGACAAACACAAGGAUGCGGAGUCAGUGGCUGGAUCGAGCAGUGUAGCAGAUGGCGUUGCUGUGACAAAGGAACCUGCCACACCCAACGUUCCUGGUCUCUUGGUGGCCGAGCCAUAUUCCUGGAAGAGCCUGGUUGUAGGUCAGCCAAUCCUACGCAUCCGUACCACCUCCACCAAAGCUGCUGCCCUCACGCUGCCCCCUGGCAGGCACGUCCUGCGUUUCACCAUGAGCGCUCCCCUGGGUUACCAUGUCCACCUGUGCUCGACUGUACCGUUCGUUUAUGGAGAUGAGGAAACUGUGAUGACCCAUCUAGUCAAGGAAAGCUGUCGUUUUGUGGACCAUGCCAACCAGUUGAUGAGAGCCAUCGGUAACGUCAUUCAACAGAUGGAUAAUGCAGAAGCACUGAAGGAAACCAUGACGACCAUGAACAACCUUCACUGCCCUGUCUGGAAGGACAGGCUGUCUGUCCUCCACAACUUUGAUGUUUUUGGAGAAGCCAUAUUUCUGACCCUGCGCAAGGCCUUCGGGGAGAAUUUCUCCACUGAGGUGGCUUAUGCCUGGAAAGUCUUCACACUGGAUGUCAACUCCAAGACAAUAUCUGGCAUCAGCUAUGCCGGCAGUAGACCAGAUGAAGUUGCUGCACAUGAGACCACAGCUACCGCCGCUUCCAGAAAGUCUGCCAAACUCAAGAAACGUGAAGUGCCAGAAACAUGGCAGAACAGAGAACCCACUGAGGAUGAGAUGGACGCAGUCACUAUCAUUGCUAAGCAUUGGAGGGGGUACUUUAUCCGUAAGAUACGAGCCUCAAGAAUGCCAGGGUCUGAUGAGAACCUACAAGCCAAGGAACAGCUGUUAAAAGUCUGGACAACCUUGGAGGCCAACUUGGAACAAUAUGCAUUGCAUCUCUUCAGGACCAUGUUCAAAAUUGACCCUGAAAUGAUGCCAGAUUUCCCCUUCUACCAGGACGAAUGGAACCGCAUAUCUUACGUGGAUUUCCAAGGCACCUACCAGGAACAACCCGCCAACUCCUGGUUUGUUGUCUUCAGGGAUGUGUUUUAUGUACAGGAACCAAUGUUGGUUGUUCCAAAACUUUAUGUGUCUAUUCCAACCUGCAUGCUGAGAGUCAUUGAUAACGAUACUGGUGAAGAAAUUCCAAGGGUCUUCCAGCGUGUGGCGCCAUAUGAAUACAAACAUAACAAGAGAGGAUACACUUUUGUGGCGGAGGCCCGCACCAUUGACCUGCCACUCCCCAGUGGGAAGUGGAGAAUGCGCCUGAUUGGUUCAUCUAACCCACUACCCCAGCCCAGCCGGGAUCAUCUCAACAGCAACUUCAUCGUCCGGGAGAUCAGGGAUUAUUACAUCCCUAACAAAGAGGACAUUAUCAUGAGGUACGUUGUCAAGCCGCAGGAGGACCACGUGGCUAGCAUCCAGUUCAGCACAUCCAAGCCUGAUGUCUACGUCAGCUUGCAAGUUUUGGAUCAUGAGGAGGAGAUGGUCCACACCACGGGCAAAGGGCACGCCGUCAUCCCUGCCUUCACCUUCCAUCGUGACAAAGAGCCGGGAGAGGAGGAAGAGAGGCGAUCUGGGAGUAGAGUCUCUGUCCUUGGUCGAGGGACCAAGCCUCAUCACGGUAGCUCUUCCAGUCUCAAUUCCACCAGGAAACGUCAGCCCUCAGCCAGCAGCCAUGAUGGCCGAGCUUCGAGAGCUAGUAGAGGAUCAGCUGAUAGAUUUGAGGACGGAGGUGAUGAGGCAGAGUUCAGGCCUCAUAAGUACAUCAUCCAGGCUAAAGUACUGCGUAAGAGCUGGCCACUGUCUGAGAGUAGCUGGGCAUUUGUACAGGUGCUGAAGGAACUGGAGAAAAAUGAUCUGAAAGCUUACGCAACAACCUUCUCAACGUCCACCGCGUUAUUCAGGGAUUAUCGCAUGGGGGAAGACCUCGAGAUGGACGUGACAUCAGACAUGAUCACUGACCGACCACAGAAGAGCAAACGAGCCAAUAAGGAGCGGCCUGCCUCUCCAGGCAAGGAGGGGGGUAAAGGUCCCGCCACUAAAGGGGAGAAGAAGGGCAAAGGCAAAGACAAAGGGAAGGACAAGGAUAAAGAUAAAGACAAAGGGAACACGUCUCGACCGCCGUCGCAGCAGUUUGACUUCACGAAGCCGAACUGGACACUACGGGUGGUACUGGAUCAAACACCAACAGAGGAGGUAGAGAUCAAGCGAGACACGGAGCGACAGGAUGAGAUCCGUGCCAUGAAGCAAGCCUGGGAGGCAGCCGAGCCGGGCCGGGCAGCCAAGGCCCAGGCUGCCAGGGAGAGAUUCCUCAAGGAGCAUCUCAUCAAGGUGGAGAUGGAAGAAGAUGGAGAAGAGAAGACAGACCAGGAGGCAGAAGUUGGGCCUCCUCAGACCCCAGCCUCAGAAAGUGAACACCCACCCUCAGAAGCUGUUCUAACAAAUGAGCCUCCUCCCCCACCCCCACCUAAGGAAAUCCUGCGGACGGUAGACCUCACACCUUACAUCAGACCGGCCAAUUUCACCGGCAAGCCACGCCUCAAGGACGAGGUGGAGAUUGAGAGGCAGACACAGGUCAAGCAAGAGGAAGUGCGGAGAUACCGCGCCUUCAGGGAUGCUGUGAUGGAAGCCAGAGAAGAGGAUAAACGAGACAGGAAUCAGACCAAAGAGAGACAGCUGCAGAAAUGCAUUGAGCUCCAGACUUCCUUAGAUGAGCGCCGUCUUCAGAUCAAUGAGCCUCGGGAGGCUUUCCGUCAGAAAUUCCUGGAGGCCGAGAGGAAACGUCUGGAAGAGAUUGCCGCGGCUGAGGCGGCGCUGAAAGCCGAGCAGGAGAGGAAGAGAUCGCCGUCUCCGAAGGGUCGCAAAAGCCCCAAGGGCAAGAAAAGUCCUAAUAAAAAGGGAGGAAAGAGUGCCAAAGGAAAGAAAAAGUAGAUGUUACAGCAUUCAGAGGGGAAGAAACACAGAUAAACACCUGUUGACUGUUUCCUUAGUAACCCGCAAGACCUCUCUAGGACGUCUAACCUGUUCCGUCCAGUAUACUUUAUGUGAAGAUUACAAUUUGGCAAACAGUCUUUUGGAAGCCAAACAAAGUGGUUAUGAAAUGUUAAGUAUUUUAACUGGCAUUCCAAAAAUAAUUCCAGAUACAAAGUGUGUGAAUUUAUUCUGUUCUUUUGUCUAUAUAUAUUAUAUAUACAUACCAGUGAACCAGUCUUGCGUAUUCUUGUAUGUAUUUGUUUUAUACAACAAAAUUUGUUAUUACGAAAAAGUCAGUUGGAAAGUCUGAAAUUAUAACUAUAACUAUUGAACAUAGGCAAAAAACAUUCUACGAAUAGAAGACUCAAUAUCAUACUGUUUGGGUUGAAAUAAAAAAACCAUCCCUUUGCACAUGGUACAGUCCAACCACCCCAGGAAGAUUUGGACUGGUCCAGUGAAGUCAUGUUUCUGUAUUGUUCAGUGUCCUUUCUUAUUCGUGCUCAGUGUUGCAUCCUGACCAUGAAUCCCUAAUUCAUGCCAGAUAUGUGGCAUUUACAUGAAUCAUUUCUUUACAAAGGAUAAAGGUUCUACACUCUACCCGGUCAAAACCGUGAGACAGCUCCAAACAUUAGGAGGGUGUGGUCCACAGUACACUCAGACAUUGAGAAGCUGGAAACAAAUUGGUGGUUUGCUUGCCGAUAAGAGUUGGCCCACCAAAAUAAAGUAAGUUGGGUCUUCUUUUUCAGUGGGCAACGUAUUUGUAUUUAUACCUGUAGAUGUAUUUGUCGCCACUGCCUUGAGUUUUCUGAGACUAGUGACAAUAUUGUGCCCCACUUACUGUGCCUCUUGGCAGAAUCAAUCUGCAGUAUGUACAUUGUAAUUCAGAGAAAAUGUUUGAAAUGAGAAUUUCAUGUUUGGGAAGCUGUAUUUCUGUUUCUUUCAUGCCAAAUGUUGUAACUCAAAGCACGACUGCAUCCAGAAUGAAUUUCAGCAUAACACCAUUUUCACAAGGAAACGGUGUUGUUAAAAGGAGCCAAGACCAAGUCAGGGCAUGAAUUUUUGUUGUAAAUUAACAUGUAAUAUUGAAGAAACUGUACACAGUGUUAAUUACAUGCUGUUUCUAUUCCGUCCCGUUUUGUAUUUCCAAUUUUUUUCUCUCCUCUUAUUUUCUCUCAAGGCAAUGUUUACAUUUUCUCUAAUAGAGGGCCUUACGUGGAGCACCUUCACAGAGGACAGGUCUUUGUUCUUAUAGUAUUUUUUGUCAUCUAAAUUUAAAUAAAAAAACAUGUGCUCUGUGAGGGCGCUCCACGCAGGCCCUCUAUUGUAAACAGAUCAGUUUUGAUCUGUUUUAAGACUCACUGGAUUGUGGUUUAUGUUCUUUUAGGAUUGAUAAGCAUUAAUUUAUACAGCACUCGGCACUGAAAGAGUGAAGUUUCCUUUUGUAACAGUUUUAAGCAAAGCCUCUAACUUUACAGUUUCGUCUGUGUGAAUAAAAUAAAGCUGAACAA